UGGACGCGCUCGAGCUUUUCACGUCAACUCUACUACAGCACCACUGUGUGUGUUUAAGGAACUCAGCGUGAAAUAAAACAGCGGUUCGGUUUGUAAAUCAGGACACACGGCUGGUUUUUUUAAUGCAACAUUAACUGUAGUGGUGUCGGUAUGAAAUUCGGUAUUUUUGCGAAGUUGCACUUUGUUUCUUUUGCCGGAACGAGAGUUUUAUUCGCUCCCUCGGUGCUGUAGCGGUGGUUCGAGGCCAUGGGCUGCUGCUUGUUUGUAUUCAUGUGUCUCGGGUAAUUGUUUUAAACUGUAAAUGCUUUCCGAAGGCAAAACAAUCCUAAAAGACAGACAGAGUCUUUCUCGGGUCUCCCUCCAUCUCCCUGCAGGAAUAUGUUUGCUCACUGGGUGACACUGGCACUUAUCCGGGGAAGUUUCUUAGCAGGACCCGGGCAAGGCGAGGUCGGCACCAGAGAGUGUGUGUACUAUAAUGAUAACUGGCAAGCUGAGCGGACUAAUCAGAGUGGCUACGAGAGAUGCGAGGGAGAAAAGGACAAGCGACAGCACUGCUACGCGUCCUGGAUCAACUCUUCAGGAAGCAUACACCUGGUGAAAAAGGGCUGCUGGCUCGAUGACUUCAACUGCUAUGACAGACAAGAGUGUGUGGCCACAGAGGAACGCCCUCAGGUGUUUUUCUGCUGCUGCGAGGGAAAUUACUGCAAUGAAAAAUUCACACACCUGCCAGAAGUCAACACGCCUGCAGUGAAGAUUCAGCCUCCUCCGGUGGGACCGUCCCUGCUUGGUGUGUUGGCAUACUCUCUCCUUCCUCUGCUUGUGCUGUCUCUGGCCUUGGUGCUCGCCUGCUGGACAUACCACCAGCGCAAAGCUCCAUACGGUCAUGUGGACAUUAACCAGGGUGUGGGUCCUGCUCCUCCAUCUCCAUCUCUGGUAGGUCUGAAGCCACUACAGCUGCUGGAAAUGAAAGCAAGGGGGCGUUUCGGGUGCGUGUGGAAGGCUCAGCUGCUAACCGAAUAUGUCGCAGUCAAGAUAUUCCCCGUUCAGGAUAAGCAAUCAUGGCAGAAUGAGAGAGAAAUUUACCUCACUGAGGGGCUGAGACAUGAGAACCUGCUAUGCUACAUCUCUGCGGAAAAACGAGGAACCAACCUGGAAAUGGAGCUGUGGCUCAUCACCGAAUUCCAUGAAAGGGGAUCUUUAACAGACUACCUGAAGGGGAAUGUGGUGAAUUGGCAUGAGUUGUGCCACAUUGCAGAGAGCAUGGCCCGAGGCCUUGCCUACCUACAUGAGGAUCUAUCCUACAGACCGGAGGCACCCAAACCAGCAAUCGCACACAGGGACUUUAAGAGUAAGAAUGUGCUGCUCAGGACUGAUUUGACUGCUGUGAUUGGUGACUUUGGCCUGGCUGUGCGCUUCGAACCUGGAAAGACACCAGGAGAUACUCAUGGCCAGGUUGGUACAAGGCGCUACAUGGCCCCGGAGGUGCUGGAGGGUGCAAUAAACUUUCACAGGGAUGCAUUUUUGAGGAUUGAUAUGUAUGCUUUGGGCCUGGUGCUCUGGGAACUGCUGUCCCGCUGCACUGCUGCUGAUGGCUCUGUACGUGAGUACAUGCUCCCGUUUGAGGAGGAGGUGGGCCAACACCCAUCUCUGGAGGAUCUGCAGGAUGUGGUGGUCCAUAAGAAGAUGAGGCCCAUGCUGAAGGACUGCUGGCUCAAACAUCCGGGAUUGGCUCAGAUGUGCGAGACAGUAGAAGAGUGCUGGGACCACGACGCAGAGGCCCGUCUGUCCGCAGGCUGCGUGGAAGAACGCAUCAUCACCCUCACCAGGGCAUCCAACACCACCAACAGUUCUACCUCAGAGUGCCCGGUCUCCGUGAUUAUGAUAGACAGCGACUCAACUUUACCACUCAAAGAGGCCAGCAUGUGAAUAACGUCAAUCAGUGAAGCAGGAAGUAGAGACCGCUACACCACCAUCAAACCUCUUCAGUAAUGUGAACUUUGCUGCUCUUCUGGUAUUUCAUAUGUGGAGUUCAACAUAAAGAUCUGCAAGCAAAAUAUUAAUCAGGUGUGUGUGCUUGCACAUGCAUAGAACUUUUCAUAGAAUGGCAUUUCACCCAUGAAUUCUGGAGCAGUUUCCCCUAGUUAUUAGUUGUUGAUUUUGCUUGUGGAUCUUUUUAACAUCUUUUGCACAAAUUAGAUGCCAACUUUUAGUAAAACCUCGCACUACUUCUGCUGUCCCCCUUUGCAUUCAGAAAAGCACAAAUGCACAACAAGCUGAAGCCUCAUACACAAUCAAACGACCAUUUCACCGUGCACUUGUUACCUCAUGUUUUAGGAUUCAAAUGCGAGUUGUAAGUGAGUUUACUUCAGUUCUAAUAUCCUCAUCCACUCCGCAGAUACCUCAGUUCAAAGGACUUGGCCCGUGAAGUCUACGUUCCUCGCUUUGUCUUUAUGCUGUUGAUCAGUGACUCGAAAAAGUGGAGCGAGAAGCUAAAGACUGUUACACGAAACCGACCUCCGUGCGACCGAGUACCUCUCUUCUUAUUACUCAGUGAUCUUUUUUUAAUAGUUGCAACAAUCUUUAGUUUCUUUGUGAAAAUGUUCGACGUGUUUUAUGAAGAAUGACAUGCUGUUUAGGAAUUUGAGAGAGCAGUUGUCUGGAACACUGGAAUCAAAAGGCAGCAGGACUGUUUUGGUUUUAUUCAGUAUUGCUGUAUUUUAGUGUAGCCUCUGAUUUGAUCUACGAUGGUUUUAUCAGGCAGAUUAUCACUGUGUGUGGCGGUCUGGGAAAACCUUUCGGAUGUCACCGCAACAGAUACUGGAAAUCAUGCAAUAACCAGGAGCCAAAAUACACCAGUACUAUACAUCUCGGUUUUUAUGAAACAAUGUGAAAAUGUUUUUAUUCAGCCUGCUUUCUGACUUAAAACCAGUUGGUAAAAUCUGCCUGAAUAUGUCUUAAAAAAAAAAAAAAAUCUGCUCAGUGUGAUUUUUUUUUUUUUUCCAGUGAAUAUCAGGCUUUAUCGUAACAAUAUUUACAUGCUAUAGUGAAAUAGACAUAAGCCUCAUCUAUUACUAUUACUAUCGUCUAUUCGUCUAUACCUCGUCUAUUCUACUGUUAUAAAGGUGAGCAGAUUUUGUUGACAUGAAGCGACUGAAUGAUUCAGCACUGACUCUUGAUCAGUGUCCGUGCGAGCAGUGAUCAGUUAAGUGAAGAGAUUAUGAUGAGGCCCGUGUUUAUGAUAAUUAAAAGUAGCUUUUACUUCAGAAUCAAAGUGAGAUGCACGUGCAUAUACAUUUUAGUUCGUUAAAGCGUAUAGAUCACUACAGGCUUGUACGUAGAAGUAAAUAUCAGAAUCUGGUCAAUCGAAGGGUUUUCUCAGGCCACUACACAUGUAUAUGUAUUUGUAUGCUUAGCCUGUGAAUAUUAAACCCCAAUGUAGCGCCUAGAGGUUGACACACAAAUGCCUUUAUGCUUUAGUAUUACGCCUACGUAUUUAGGGCAGGGUCUCUGAAAGCGUGUAGGUGAACGUGAUGUUUGCAUUACGGACACGUAUAAUGAGCAAAAGCAUGGACGCUUCGGGAAUAACGAGGGUGGAUGUGUUUGAUAUACUACACUGCUCAGGGUUUGAAUGAGACGGGUAGCUGGAGGCGUGUGUGUGUGGUUUUUAAUCACACAGCUUUUAGCAAUAGAGCUCAGCAGUAGGAACAUCUCAGCGAAGUGAUGGUGCUCGGUGUUCCUAUUUACUGCUCCUUAGUAAUCCAGGCUUAUUAGAUCGUGUGUGUGUCGGCUGAGAAUUUGACGUUCGGUAGUAAUAUAACGAUUCUGACCUCAUUUAGGCGAGUAUUUUAUUGUUUUUACGGUAGACGUGUAAAUAAACAUAUGGUUACUUUUUAUAUGUUUGAGAUUUUUUUAAAUAUAUAUAUAUAUAUAUAUAUAUAUAUAUAUAUAUAUAUAUAUAGAAAGUUCUGUGAUAUUUUUGUGUGCUAACGGUAUAGUUCAUGUAAAGACGACAUGUCUGUGGUUCUUGUGCACAGAGUAGCAGUUAUAUUUUCUCCUAUAUUAUUGUUUUUAUUAUUAUUAUUAUUAUUAUUAAAGCUGGAACCUACCUCAUUUUAACCACUCUGUUCAUGUUCUAGUCUCUAUACAGCUCUAUCCUCUAGCUGAGCCAAUUCCCUCAGUAAAUGUAUACCGACUUCAGGGAUUUUAAAGGGAAAUCUGUGUGAGUAUUAAAGCUGUCUGCAGGUUGGAUUGUGCCAAAUUUCUUUUAAAUAAAUUAAAGCAGCAGUAAAUACUACUAAGGUGUUCGAAAUGAGUUUUUACACGUCGUCUUAACACAGGAAACGUGUUUGUUAAGCUUUGAAACUGUACAUGCUGUGAUUUCUGUAAAUACUGUCUUUCGCUUGACUGCUUGACGUCUCGUGGUUUCAAGCAGAUGUUCAGAGUCGAGGCGGUUUUAUCGUCUCGAACAUUAGAAAAUUCGGCUUGCAAGCUUUAUUCGAACACGGCAUAACCAUAUCUAGGUUUAAUACAUCAGGAAACGUUUUUCCAGCACCCAAAAUUAUAUAAAUUAUUUAAGAAAAUCAUUAAAAUAUAGUAUCCUAAGUUUGGUGGUCAUAAUCUUAGUCCUAUGCAUACAGGACAUUUACAUUAAAUGUAAAUUCACAAAUGUUUUAAAUGAUAAAAGUUAUAUAUUUGUCAAUACACAAAGAAUCAGGUCAGCGAACCUCUAUAACGUGGUCUUAUUGAAGAAGUCUUGGAUACCGUAUGUACUGUUUAGCCCUGAAUAUUAAGUCUGAUAUGUGUUACAGUCUGAUUCCUGUAACUCUUAAUCUAGUGCAAAUAAUUUAGGUAGCAAGUGUGUGUUUGUGAGACAGAUAUAAAGGCAAAUCGAUUUGAUUUCCUAGACUCCAAUCUAAAAGGAACCUGAUCUUUUAGACUGUGUUAGACUGAAUGACCGUUGUUACAUACAGCAUGUACACACACCCCUGUGUGUGUGUGUGUGUGUGUGUGUGUGUGUGUGUGUGUGUGUGUGUGCACGAACGUGUAUGGUGCUCAUCCAAUUGCAAGAUAGCAGAUGUUAAAGCUUUCUUAUUAAAUAUUUUUAGGGCUGUAUGGACACUUGUGUGAUUCUGUUGUCUCAACGUAUGUAAGGUCAUUUCAGUUUAUUCCCUCUUACAGAGCUUCACUUCAUUAAAGAUCACUAAGGUGUAUUUCUGAUUUAUUUGUAGUUCCUCAAAUUUUUUGGGGGGUAUCCUCAUCCUCAAUCCCCUUAAAAGAACUUAAUACAGUUUAGAAAUGAUUAAAUGCCCCUCUCUCUCUCUCUCUCUCUCAUAUUGUAAGAUGGCUACCUCCUUUUUAUAUAUAUUUAUAAUAUUUAAAACAGAAUUGAACCCAUUUUUGUUUCAGAUUGACAGUACUGGAGAUGAUAAAAGAAUUAGCUUAUAGAUUUUCUGGUGUUAAAAAUCUUGUAGCCAGAAAAACACGUGUUCAUCCCUCUUCAGAUGCUUUAUCAUGGUCAGGCUUCCGGUGCCUCUGGUAAAAUUUUUUUUAUUCAAUUUAUUUUUUUAAUAUUCAGCUAUUUUUUAACUUAUUUAAGUAUAAAACCUCACGAGCUGCUUUCACAUCAGUAUGUGGUAAAUUUAUUUUCCUAUUUAAUAACAAGAUAUCACAAUCUACAAGCAUAUUGUUGACCAUUUACUCUGAUAUUGACGUUUUAUGGACAUUUCUCCCAGGUAGAUCUGAAUAGAAUAACUGGUUUAGAAUAAUUCAAAGGAUUAUUACCAGAUCUCGCAUUUUUGAAGUGCUCUCCUCUAUCACUAACAUACAGUAACGCAUCUGCUAUAGAAUAGAAACACAGACACAACUGAGAUCCAUCAGACCUGAGAUUUACAUGAAUCCCCCACCAACAGAAAAAAGAGAUUGCGCCAUAAUGUGAGGCAUACAUAUUAAAUUCAAACAAUAUUCUUCAUUAUUCCCAUGUCUUAUAACUUUAAUCUAAUUCUUAUGUACAGGACAUGAUGCCAGCUAAAUGUUAUUUUUUCAUUAUAUAAGUACAUUACAGUGUACAGGUGUGUAGAAUAUUGAGCCUUUUUCCUGCUGAAAUCAGGUUGUUUUGUCGAACUCCCCCAGUGUGCAACAAAUGGCAGAAGCUCUGAUAGAAGACUUGCUCUAAAAAUAGAAGACUUGCUGUGUCCUUCUUUCUUUUUCUUUUUUUUUAAAGUCAUUACGUAUGAAGGUCUCUUGUGAUUGUCUGCACUUACUGAGUGUAAAAAUUGUGGCAAAUGACAAGAAAACUGUUCCUCUGUCUCAACCUUCCUUCCUUCCUGCCUUUUUCUGUCCACUUUCACUGUCCUCUCAGGUCAAAUCCAGAUGUGAGGUGUCUCUUUCUGUGGUUUCUCCUUGAGCGAACUGUAAUGUUUCUAUCUAGCUUCAUUUUAUUUUACAUUGUUGGGUUUCUUUCAAUGCAUUUCACUGAAGGCUGAUUAUACAAACACCUUUUAUUACGAUCGUGGUGCAAACCAAACCUAUUAGUGUAAACAUAUUUAUUCACCAUUUAACAGGUUUAAUUUAAUUCCCUUUUUAUAGGUUUUUCAUUCACCGUAAAUGGAUAAAUAAAGGGAUUCAGCAGGCAGAAAUCCUGUCCUCCUUCAGUCAAGGUUCCUCUGAGCCUACAAUCUGAAACACACAACCAGAUUAAUAGUAAUCCAUAAAAAUGGAUUUUAGGAUUUGUGCUCUUCUGUAGCUAAUUUCGACAAAUAAUUCUGUCCCUUUUGAAAAGUCUACUUGAAUAUAAAGAUCAUUAUAUGAUGCGUAAGGUGUUUGUGGUGUGAUAUAGUAAACUGUAUCAGUACAGGUCUGAACAAUUCCAGUUAAAACAUGUUUAAUGUAAAUGUUGAAAAGCUGGCAUCAGUCAAAUUCAAGGGGUAAGACGUGUCUGUGUGAUUUUAUUUAUUUAUUUUUUUAAAUUACAGAUAAUGGAAGAACCGCCUACACAGCUCCUUCACUCUCUCUCUCUCUCUUUUUUCCCCCCUUGAAAUGAGUCUAAUGGCUCUGAAGUGAAUAUAUGGCUUAACCUGGCUUUUCUCCUUCACAGCGCUCACCACUUAAGACGAAAUGAAUGCAUGGCUCAUUGUGUCCCUCGGAGUCUCCUGCCCCUGCUUCCCACGCUUUUUCUUUGUUUUGUUGUCUUCCUCGGUCUCGUUCUUCAUGCAAACAUUUCAACUCCCGUUUCAUCUUCUUUGUCUACGCCUCUUUUUUUUCCCUGAUCAUGGAUUUUCUUGUGCACAUGAAUAUUGAUUCAGGUAAGAAAUAAAAUUGUACAUGCAUGAUGCUAUAGGAAAAUAAAUAACUAUAUAUGCAAUGAUGUCUGUUACUACCCCAAAGUUCAUUAUUUUUCUGUACAAUAUGCAAUAUACAAUAUCGGCUACAAUAUGCCAACAGUUGCAAUUCAAAGACUUACUAAUAAAUGACACAAUCAUCCACCUCACCAGGUUACAAUUAUUUCUCUCCAGAAGAAAAAGCAGAAUUGAGGGCGAGAAGCCUUUAUUAUCACCAUUUAUUAUCGCCUUUAUUAUACUUACCUGGCAGGGACAAUACCAUGAUCAAGGAGGUGGUUUGCCCAAAGCGAGGCUCAGCCAUUGCACUCAGGCUGUGCUGACCUUUGCAAAUUCCCCAAAUGCAGGACUGCAUAAUUUAUAAUAGUGGGGGUCUGCAUUUGCGCUCUCCCCUUUCUCUAGAGUGGUGGUGGCGGCUCAAGUGGUUAAGGCUC